CUUUCCCAGUUAAACCAUCGCGAGUCAUGGAUGCGGAAGGGCGACGCGCCCCCCAGUAGGAGAAUGACCGCGAUUCGCGACCCUCCGCGCCCGAGCGCGUGGAUGUAAGUGCGAGGCUGGCCAGCAGUGGGGGUGGGGGGUGGUGUUCGGGGGAGAUUCUGAUGCAAUCGGCCCGGAAAGGAGGAGGAGAGCCAGGCAAGCGCUGGCUGGGGCAGCCACGCCACUGCGCCUGAAGGUCGCCGGGAACCUCCGCCCUUCACCUUCCUCGGAAGUCCGCCGCGCCACGCCGAGCCUCCCCGCCCGGCCCUCGCUGACGGGGGCCACCUCUCCUGGCCGAGGCAGCCAGACCUUGACACAAAGGACACCAAACGGCUGCGGGUAAAAAUCCAGAAGGGCGUACACCUUGACGUCGCCUUUUGCCACCUUUCCCUUUAUUUCUCGAGGGGUGUCAAGCUUAUAUUUUUGCUGCUAUCUACUUCUAAAUACACUCAGAACAGGAGAAAUUUGGACUACUUUUUUUGACUACAGAUACUUUCUAAACAUGAUGCAUUUCAAAAGUGGACUCGAAUUAACUGAGUUGCAAAACAUGACAGUGCCUGAGGAUGAUAAUAUUAGCAAUGAUUCCAAUGAUUUCACCGAAGUGGAAAAUGGUCAAAUAAAUAGCAAGUUUAUUUCUGACCGUGAAAGUAGAAGAAGUCUCACAAACAGCCAUCUGGAAAAAAAGAAAUGUGAUGAAUAUAUUCCAGGAACAACCUCCUUAGGCAUGUCUGUUUUUAACCUAAGCAACGCCAUUAUGGGCAGUGGGAUUUUGGGACUUGCCUUUGCCCUGGCAAAUACUGGAAUUCUACUUUUCCUGAUACUUUUGGCUUCAGUGACGUUGCUGUCUAUAUAUUCAAUAAACCUUCUAUUGAUCUGUUCGAAGGAAACAGGCUGCAUGGUUUAUGAAAAGCUGGGAGAACAAGUGUUUGGCACCACAGGGAAGCUCGUGAUCUUUGGAGCCACCUCUCUGCAGAACACUGGAGCAAUGCUGAGCUACCUCUUCAUAGUAAAAAAUGAACUACCCUCCGCCAUAAAGUUUCUGAUGGGAGAGGAAGAGGCAUUUUCAGCCUGGUAUUUGGAUGGCCGAGUUCUGGUGGUGGUAGUUACCUUUGGCAUAAUUCUCCCUCUGUGUCUCUUCAAGAACUUAGGGUAUCUUGGCUAUACUAGUGGAUUUUCCUUGAGCUGUAUGGUUUUUUUCCUAAUAGUGGUAAUCUACAAGAAAUUUCAAAUCCCCUGCAUUGUCCAAGAGCUAAAUUCAACAACAAGUGUUAAUUCAACAAAUGUUGGCACGUGUACGCCAAAAUAUGUUACCUUCAAUUCAAAGACCGUGUAUGCUUUACCAACCAUUGCAUUUGCGUUUGUCUGCCACCCGUCAGUCCUGCCAAUUUACAGUGAGCUUAAAGACCGAUCCCAGAAAAAAAUGCAGAUGGUUUCAAAUAUCUCCUUUUUUGCCAUGUUUGUUAUGUACUUCUUGACUGCCAUUUUUGGCUAUUUGACAUUCUAUGAAAACGUGCAGUCAGACCUCCUUCACAAGUACCAGAGUAAAGAUGACAUUCUCAUCCUGACAGUGCGGCUGGCUGUCGUUGUCGCUGUCAUCCUCACAGUGCCAGUGUUAUUUUUCACGGUUCGUUCAUCUUUAUUUGAACUGGCUAAGAAAACAAAGUUUAAUUUAUGUCGUCAUGUCUUGGUUACCUUCAUCCUCUUGGUUAUCAUCAACUUGUUGGUGAUCUUCAUACCCUCCAUGAAGGAUAUUUUCGGAGUCGUAGGAGUUACAUCUGCUAAUAUGCUUAUUUUCAUUCUUCCUUCGUCUCUUUAUUUAAAAAUCACAAACCAGGAUGGAGAUAAAGGAACUCAAAGAAUUUGGGCUGCCCUUUUCUUGGGUCUGGGGGUGUUGUUCUCUUUGGUCAGCAUUCCCUUGGUCAUCUAUGACUGGGCCUGUUCAUCGAGCAGUAACGAAGGCCACUGAGACCAGCCAAGAAGAGGAAACAUUCUGGUCUGCUGCUCAGUCAAGUCACACUCAUCAGCACCGCCCCCCCCCCAUCACUUCCUUUGCAAGUUUACAGAAGCAAACAGAAACUUACAAGACACUUAAAAUGGAAUGACACUUUGGUUGCAAAACAGAGACCUGUCUCUGUAAUGGUUCAUGUUCUUUCAAGAUUUGGGAUCAAUUUAGGGAUUGUGGAUUUUUUGUUCUUUUCAAAUUUCACGCAAUUGUAUUUCCCAGUACUUUUCACAAUCAUUUUUCACUUUUUGUUUUGUGGCUUCACAGUCUCUUUGAACUUUGAAAACAUGAUCAUCAGUCAUGUUAAUUUAUUAUACAUCUGGAUUCUGAAAUAAUUUUCCUACUGAUGUUCAGCUCACAUUAUCUGUACCUUUUUAGAUGAGAAAAGAAUCUCGAAUUGUAUAUAUUUAUUUUGCUUUACAGAAAAAAAAUGGUUUCGUAAAUAAUUUGCUUAUUUUGGUUAACAGAGCACAUAGGGAUAAUCAUACGAGUCAUAGGGCAGAUGCCGCUGCUGGAUCAGAGCAUGCCCAAUAUUUGAGGCAGCUCUGAUCACCUGGCAGCCGAGCUUGGGCAAUCCAGUGGCCCAGCUGGUACUACAUCCCAUUCCCGUGCAGAGACAUUCUCUGGUGAGUGUUUUCAGCAGGGAAGGGGGUGGGGAUGAUUCUUACCUUGGUAAAUGUAUUAAACUGCAUAUUUUGGGUAAUAUAGCAAAUGAAGUUUUAUUUCCCUCUUGGCAACUUGUGUCAAAGUUACUCUAGUCUGAGUCAACUUCUGCUGGGGAGACCCAUGGCACCUUCUGCGAAAAGAUUGUCCAAAACACCUAAGAAAAUAUUUCUCUGAUGCAGAUAGCCUUCAACACAACACCUGUACUGUUGAAGGGGGGAAAGCAUGUUAUUAAAUUCUAAGCCCAGCAGCUUUUACUCAUGUCCACCAGCUUUUUGCACAGAGAAUAAUGUGUAUCUAACCAAGGAUGAUCUAGGAUAAGUAAUUCCUGUUUUAUAUUGAGUACUUUAUGGGACUCUUUAAAAGACUUGUUUUAUAUCUAUACAUUUAGGUUAUUCCAAAUACAAGAUUUUUGUACCUUAAAUAAGCCUCAUUUCUGUUUCUUCUCCACUAACUCCAUCCAGAGAUAGUUUUUGUGAUGAACCUCUGAUGAAAUCACAGUGUUACCUUCCUUCCCCCAGACGGGAGAGAGAAGGGGGCCUCAGUAUCUGUGCCGCCUCCUCUUCUUUUCCCUAACCAGGGGGUGGGCCAUUCUGCCCGUCCCUACGUGAUCCACACAGAAGGACAGAGUCGCCUUGUACUCUCACUCCAGUCCCUCUGUUAAAAGGAGCAGAAGGAAACUACAAAGAGACUGAAAAAGAAGAGUUUGGGACAAAGUAGCUGGGAAAGGAUUGGGGACACCAAGGAAACCCGGGACCACAUUCCCCUAAGUUGGGCCAUCGCCUGUGACUGGAUUGUCCAUAUCUUACGGACAGUAAGAAAUGUGAGUGCUCCGUGAGCUGGUCUCUUGAAACAGGACUUGUGUUUCAUCUAUAUUCUGGUUGGAUUUUUCAAAUGCGUAAGUUCGCCGAGCAGAGAUUUCUUAUCCGAAGAUAAGUAGAAUCUAGCCACAGACUGCUGGCAGGGUUUCCAGGCACUUAGCUCUGUUCCUUCCUGACUCAAAUCCCCAAAGGCCUUUAUUCUCACCGAGAGUAACACGGAACUGUCCCCUCCCUUUACAGAUUAAUGUCCCAUAGAUAAGGCAGGUAUUGAAGCACCUGCCAUGAUCCUCUUGGGGGAGAAUAAAAGUUAUUUCCUACAUUGCAUCAUCAUGGCUUUUAAUAUAAUGCUACAGAAUUACAUUAGGUCUGAAUGCAGGUAUUUAGAAAUGAAGACCUGACCUAGAUAUGAAUACCUAACCUAGUAAAAUCCAUAGCCAUCUCUGUCCUUCUCAGAAGUGUUUUCCAUAUUAUACAAGCAAUGAUAGAAACUGAGCAAAACAAGAUUCAGUCAGCCUUUGGGGGUUUGUCAAGAACACCAAGUAAUAAAAUAGCCAGGUAGUGGGGUGACCCCACAUCAAAAAAAAUGCACAAUUUAGGUUGCAAGCUGUGUUAUACUGCUUUCAAUUUUCUUCAUUACUUUAUAACAAUUUAUUUUACAUUUGCAAAAUCAAUUUAGAAAAUCAUCAUUAACUCUGGGAUGUGUAGUGAUAUUUUCUCUGGAUUUUAUUUGUCGGUACAAGAAAUUUUUAAAUUAUUAUUUAAAAUAUAUUUAUUCAGAGGAGGCAAAUUGUUGAUGUCUGUAAUACCAUAUAUUUUUAAAACCUUCUUUGUAUGUUUAUCUAAAUUUGCUGUUGACUGAAUAUUAUAGACCCUACUGUAAUUUGUCAAAUAUCACUGAUGAAUUACAUCAUUUGUGUGGAAAUAGCUGUAAAGUGUACUGCUUUUAUUCUUGUUCAGAAUAGUGAACUGGUAGGCAAAAACACGUGUCACAGAUGUUAGGUAGAAUAUAAACAGCACAGUCAAGUGCUAUAGAAGUUUUUCUGCUAAAUUAGUAGACUAAAGAAUACUAUACCUUAGCCAUGAGAGCAGCACGUUUUCCUUUGGUAGAUAGGAUCUCUGCACUAGUGAAUAGUGCCGGAUUCAUACUUUGGAUUUAGAACUGUUCUCUAGUUGUUGUAACACAGAGUACUGUAAAUCCCUAAUUAACUUAAUGUUACUUAUUAGAAGUAGGAGUAGUAAAACAUGCACAGAAAGGAAAUCUACUCUUUUUAGGCACUGGCAGUCCCCAGUUUAGAAGGAGAUCAUAUUUCAAAACUAUAUAAAUUGGUUGUUUGCAACCUGGAAUGUAUUUUCUUUUAGAAACCAGAUUAUACAUGGUGGUUAGGCCCCCAUGCCAGGUAGGAAAGAUUAUCAAAUAGUUUAGCUGAAAUAGAAUAAUGUAAUAAGAUUGAUAAAGAAUCUAACCACCAAAUAUAAUAUUGUUUCUAGGUGGUAUUUGUUCAAAGUUGCCAAGAAUACAUAUUGCCUGUUGUUAGUAGAAUCUGGACUGUCCAUCCCAGCCACAUACCACAUGCUGGACAGUGGGCCUAGGGUCACCAACCAGUCAGAGGUGACCAGAGUGACUUAAAGCAGGGUCUCCAGCAAAGAUGGGGAGAAGUAAGUUUAGGGCCACCAGAUAGCCUGGUGGUAGGAGGAGGCUGAAGGAGGGUGAAGAGGGCUUCUUGUGGGUUGUAGAUUUCAGGGACACUCCUCAGCUGGUACCUUUUCUUCUCCCUGGAGGUCUCAGGCUUGGCCUGCCUGUUUCUAUUCAUAUGGCUUUUUGCUCCUGUAGUUUGUCUCCUUCCCUGCCUGCUAUGGAAAAGGCUGUUGCUGCAUAGCUUGUCCCAUAUGCCAGUUGUUGAGGCCAGCACACAGUACUUGUCAGUGCUAGUGACAAUGGUUUAAUCAGAUGGAGGUAAAGAAGCUCUUUACCCACUUUCCUCUUCUACAUUUACAGACUCUGUUGAGAAAAGAAAGACAUGCAUGGGUGAUGGUGGCAGGGCUGGGGAGGAUGAAGGUCUGUGGUAAGAUUCCUCAGCAUUUCAGAGGACACCUCAGAGUUACCCCAGGACUGACUUCUUUCUGGAGUUGGACUCAAGCCUCUAAGGCAGUGGUUUUCAAAGUGUGGUCCCCAGACCAGCAGCAUCAGCAUCACCUGGGAACUUGUUAGAAUCACAAAUUCUCAGUUCCCACUCCAGACACAGUAAAACCAGAAACUCUCGGGGGGGGGGGGGGGCCCAGCAAAAUUAGUUUCAGUGAGCCCUUCACUGAAAGCCACUCUAAGCCUUUUUCUCCCUACCUCAGAAGAUGGCUCCUGGGACUUGUGAGGCAAAAAAUGGGAACCAGGACUCUUAGGGAGGGGAGGAAAGAGCCUUGGCAGCAGGGAAUUGUGCAGAAACAGAAUCCUGUGCUGCCACCCAGUUGUCCCCUCUCCCACUGGAGAUACUGAAAGAGGGCUGCCUGUGCUUGGGGGUUUCCUUGGGUUGAGGCAUGAUCAUAUUACAUUUUUUAAAGCUGUGAAGACAUGAAAGUGAGGCUUUUUCUUUUUUCUCUCCUUUCUUUCUUUUCUUUUUUCCUUGAGGGAAAUUAAAAGAAAAUACUCUUUGUAAAUGCCACCAUAGAGGAAAUACUAAAUUCAUAUCAGAAGUUCACCAGAGCGUUUGUGUUCAUCAUGUGGAGAUCAUUCCUGUCCUCCUUUCACCUUUCAAAAUGAAUUGUCUACUGAAAGGUCUGUUCUGCUUAAGGAGUACAGACUGCUCCAAAAAGAACCCAGAGUUCGGUUCCAUUUCAGUGGGGCAUAAUGUUGGACAGCACAUUUAGGAGACGUUAGUUGGAGUGGGGAGGAGGUUGGUGAUAGGAUCAGAUAUUUGAUUUUAUGCCUUAGAGCAAAACUUUGUCUCCCUCAGUUUAUCAGGUUAAAUAGCUUGAGGCUUAGAAAGGACAUAAGCUUUAAGAAUACAAUUCCCCCAUUCAAGUUCACAGUAAACAUCUAGCCACUUUCAAAACAGAGAAGAUACAGACUAUAUGAUUUAGCAAUACUAAUAAAUGGUUUUCCUUAAGGAUGGCAGAUCUAAGAAUCCUUUAGCAACAGGACAUACUUCAUAAAAAA